CGUUCGUUCAGCUUUCCAAAAAUAAUUUGCCCGAUUUUCGUGCCCUCGCCAAUAAUUGUAUUAAAAUGUCCAAGUCAAUUAAGUAUUAUUAUGAUUUCUUGUCGCAGCCAUCCCGGGCGUUAUGGAUUGGAAUGAAAUUGGGCAAGACCCCAUUUGAGGGCUGUCCGGUGGCCCUUCGAAAACGCGAGCAAUUGACGGACGAGUACAAGAAGAUCAAUCGUUUCCAGAAGGUUCCAGCUAUUGUAGAUGGCAAAUUUCAGUUGGCCGAAAGUGUGGCGAUUGUGCGCUAUCUAUCAGACAAAGGUCAAUUCAGCGAGCAGCUCUAUCCCAAGUCUUUGGAGGGACGUGCCCGCGUCGAUGAGUUUCUGGAGUGGCAGCAUUUGAGCAUUCGACUGGCCUGCGGACUCUUCUUUCGGAAUGCGUGGCUAUAUCCCGUAAACGGUAUUGCCCCAAUGCCAAAGACCGAGCAGAUUCAAAAGAUGACUAAGGAAGUGGAAGCCAAUUUGGGUCUCUUGGAGCGUCUGUGGCUGGAGAAGGACUUUCUAAUUGGGGAUCAGCUGACUGUGGCCGAUCUUUUCGGUGCUUCCGAAAUAAAUCAAAUUAAGCUCUGUCAGUACAAUGUAAGCGCGAAACAAUUUCCCAAGGUAGUCAAGUGGCUGGAACGUGUGCGAGAAUCCUCUAAUCCCUACUUCGAUGAGGCCCACAAUUUUGUGUACCAAAAGAGCAAGCAGGCAGUCAGUGCCAAGGUAUAAAAUUCUGCGAAUCGUA